GUUCAGGCCAACGAUACCUUGCGCGGCGUCGCCGUCCGUUUUGGCAUGGCACCCGGGGAAGUUCUUCUCCUCAAUAAGCUCAGCGGCUCUUACGUCUAUCCCGGUCAAACCUUGUUUGUCAAAGACCCAGAAAGCCAGGAGGCUGUCAACUACAUCCCCGCCACUGCUCCUGACAAACGCGUACGUCCCAAACUUAAGACACCGAAAACUCAAAAG